CGACCUCUCGUGCCCAAACACGGUCGAGCGCACUGGCAUGUCGCUCUUCUGACGACGGAGAAGCCGAUCGCUUGAUCCGUGGAUGAGUUGGAUCAAACUGCGUCGAGAUGCCCAUCCCCCGACGCGCACCGUCAUGAAACAUGAAGGCAGGGUCGUGAGUUGUUUGUUGUGCCUCGGUGCUUGGACGUCUGCUGCUUGCAAAACUCAUGAUGAUGCGUGGCAUCGUGCGAACGAGAAGACUAUUUCGCAGCACCACCACAAACGCCUUGCGGCGCAGCUCAACGUGUUUGUGUGUUGUCGGCGACGAUUUCUCGUGACGUGCCUCCUUGCAACAAGUACGCGCUGCCUACACGAGGCCUGUCACAUGGAGUGCAUGGCUCCAAGCAGUCGUCGACCCGUUCACGUCGUUGGGAUUUCUCUUUCUUUGACAUCGCGUCACGAAGUGCAGCUCGUGCCUCGCCGGAUGCAGCUCCAAGCAUACGCCCACCGCUGGACAAACGUCGCAUGCAUGACAAGGUCGUGUUUAGCCAUGGCGUAAAGUCCUGUGCACACCGCACGAGAGAGGGUGCCACCGCCUCUCAGCACACAUUUGACGAAAGCAAGUGCCAUCGCCGAGAGCUUGCUUCUGUGCAGGCAUAUGCACCCCACAAACCAUUGAACCCCAAUUCGCACCGGCGUCCCGACGACGCUCC